AUGGAUAACGGCCCAAUGGCCUCAUUGACAUUGACCCUGGCCUUAGCCUCAGUCUGGUACUGUGUAUAUUUAUUGUAUAUUAAAAACGCGAACCUACUCUCGACUAUCAUGGAGGACCAGAAAGUAUUGGAUGCUUCCAUUAUUAAAGAUCUCUCCAAUCAUAUCUAUGAAAAGAGAAAGGCCACUGCUUUCCAAAUUGAGAGUUUAACGAAAUCAGCAUUGGCAAGAAAUGAUAGUCAGACAAUUUACAAUAUAGUUAAAGAAUUAGGUGAUUUGACUGUUGGUGAUACCAAUUCCGCUAGAAUGGGGGCCAUAACUGCUUUAGGAAGUGUUUCUGUAGCCUUGGGAUCAUUCCCAAUUGCAUACUUUCUAGAUGAUAUCAUCAAACCAAUCUUCGCUACAUUCAGAGAUACUGAUGCUAGAGUUAGAUAUUAUGCUUGUGAAUCAUUAUAUAAUAUUGCUAAGAUAGCUAGAGGUGAAAUCUUAGUAUACUUUAAUGAAGUGUUUGACAUCUUGUGUAUCUUGAUCACUGACUCGGAAUCUUCCGUCAAAAAUGCUGCCGAUAUUUUAGACAGGUUGAUUAAAGAUAUUGUUAGUGCCAAAGCUACUAAUUAUGUGUCUAUUUUACAACAAGAACAACAACAGCAACAACAAGAAGAUGAUUUUACAGGUAUAAAGACCCAUACCAUCAAUGAUGAAGGAGUUGCUUUGCAAAUGAAUGAAAUUCAAGAUGCUCAAAAGGCUUUCUCAUUACCUAAAUUCAUCCCCACGUUAUUGGAAAGAAUGUAUACAAUUGAUCCAUUUGCAAAGAAAUUUUUAAUCAGUUGGUUAGAACUUUUUGAUGACAUCCCAUCUUUGGAAUUAAUCACAUUUUUACCUAACUUUUUAGAUCCUUUGAUCAAAUUCUUGAAGAACAAUGCCCCUUCAGACAUUAGAAUUGAGACCCAGAAUUUACUUAAUGUGUUUUUGAAAGAGAUUAAGUCCAUAACUAAAGUGAAGCACGAUGUUAGAAGAAGACAAAUCAUUCAAGAGAAGAACAAAUCAAAUAAAACUGACGAAGUUAAUGAUAAAUUGAAAGAUAUAGAUAUUAAAGACGAAGUCAAUGAAGAAGAAUCAAUAAAAUCAGAAGAAAUCAAAGAUGAACCCCCUGAAUUGGAAAAACAAGAACAUUCUGAAUCUCAGCCAGCUUUACAAGAGGAAGAAGAAGAGGAAGAAUUCUUAGAGGGACAAGAUAUUUUCAUUGAUUACCAGAAAAUCAUCAAUAUUUUAUUAUCUUUUAUUAAGGAAAAGGAUGCUCAACCUAACGACUUAACUGUUGAUGGACAUGAAAUCACUUUAGAGAUCCAAUUCAUUGUUUUAAGAUGGCUAAAUGAAAUUAUUCAAAUCUCACCUUUAAGUUUCACUAAUUUCUUCCCUGAUUGUGUUACUUUAACUAUGCAAAACAUAGCUUUAUCAGACAAUAAUAAAGAUUUCGAUUUAAGGAAUAAUUUCUUAAAGUUUAAUUUGAGCUUACAGUCAUUUUUCAUCAAAUUAAACGAGGCAGGUGUUGAAAAAGAAGAACAAGAAGAAGACAUUGAUGAACAAGAAGAAAUCAAUGAAGAUUUGGUUUUAGGGUUGAAUAAAGAAAUUUAUGAAGAUUUCAUUGAAUUCCAAUUACUCAAAACUUUACAUACUGUAAUGAGAGAAUGUCUUACAUCGGCUAAUGAAUUAGCUAGAAUAACUUCAUUGGAUUGGUUGAUUUUCCUUUAUUCCAGAGAACCUUCAAGUUUCGUUGACUUACAAGGAGAAAACAAUACUAUUGAUUUAACAGCAUUAUUACAAUCAGCCACUGAUUCUAGUAAUGAAGUAAUAUCCAAAGUUUUACAAUUAUUAUCAAAAAUUUCUGAAACAAAUCAAGAUUUCUUUAAAGAUUUCAUGAACAAAUUGAUUAACUUUUUCGAAAAUGAAAUCGAUGAACAAAUCAUUGGAGGUUCGAAUCUUACCAGAAACAAGAUUGAUUUCAUUAUUAGAAAAUUAUGUGUUACCUUGGAUAGUGAGAAGAUCUUUAAGACGAUAUCUGAAGUUUUAGGUAAUAUCAAGGAUGUUAACUUAGAAUUCUUAAACAUGAUCAUUGUUACUUUGAAUAAUAUCUUAUUGACAUCACCAGAAUUAGCUAAAUUCAGAAAGAAAUUAAAGAACCUUGAUGUUUAUAAAGCUGAAGAUUGGUCGUUAUUUUCAACUUUAUUCACCAGUUGGUGCCAUAACUCUGCUAGUGCUAUUUCCUUAUGUUUAUUGACAUCCAAUUAUGACUUAUCUUUCCUAAUCAUCAAAUCUAUAAGUGAACUGGAAGUCACUUUCCAAUUAUUAACUCAAUUGGAUAUUUUAGUUCAAUUACUUGAAAGUCCAAUAUUUUUAAAGCUUAGAUUACAAUUACUAGAACCAGAAAAGAAUCCUUACCUUUUCAAGACGUUAUAUGGGUUGUUAAUGAUCUUACCUCAAUCUUCUACUUAUACCAUUUUACAUAAUAGAUUAUCAUCAAUUUCAACCGUUAUAAACUUGAACGGAACAUCAUCUUCAAGUAUCUUGGGUACAACAUCAAACAUAUCAACCCCAGUAACCACCCCUAAUCCUUCCACCAAUCCAGCUAAUUCCAUUACUCAACAAUUAUCCAUAAAGAGGAAAAGAGUAUAUGAAAUGUUAGAAAAAUUCAAUAGAGUUCAAGAAAGUCAUGAAAAUAAUCAACUCGAUAAGAAACUUCGAGAAAGUGCUACUUCAUCAUUAUACAAUGAAGAUAUCUUUAGAAAAACUAUAGAUUCUAAAUCAGAUCGAAUUCUAAGUUAUACCAGUGAAAAGACUGAAGAUAAAAAGGGUAAACGAUUAGGUAGUGGAAGAUUCGGAUUAAGAUAA